GAAAAAAUAAAAGGAGAAAAAAUAAAAGGAGAAAAAAUACAGGGAAGAAAGGCUGUGAUUUUGUAAUUUACAAAGUGGCAAUUGCAUAUAUUUACAAUCCAAACCCAGCCCCUUCUCUCUCUCUCUCUCUCCCCCUCUCUCUCUCUCCGUCUGAACCUUCCCCUCUCUCUCUGAUUCGAAGAAUUGCGACGGCGAUCGGACGUCUUCAAUCGGCGGAGUUCCAGACUCUCCGGCGAGGUAAGAUUUUUUUGAAAUCUUCCUUUGCCCUUUCAAUUGGACGGUGUCGUUUUUGGGAUUUGUGAGAUUAAAGUAUAAGCAUUUAGGAUGUUUUGGUACAGAUCUGGUGGGUUUUGAUUAGGGGAUUUUUGCUGUGAGAGAAUCAGGGUUUCUGUGUCGGAUUUUGCUUGGUUUGGGAUGAAUUGAAGGGCGGGGUUUUGAAAAAUUAGGGUUUUUUGGUUUCGGGCGGUUGAUGUAGAUGGACGAAGGUGUGAGAUCUGUUGGCCCUUCUGGGGUUUUGGUGAAGAAAAAUUCUUCUGGUUGUUUAAUUGUGAGGAAGAAACCCGAGGGGUUGAGUGGUGCUGUUGGUUCUUCGAGUGCUCGGAAGGUUUUUGAACCCAAGGACAAGAAGAGGUCGAGGUUGGUCUUGAGCGAUUCGGGGUCUAGUGAUGAGAUACCUCCUCGUAGAAAGGUGGAACCUGAAACUAUACGGGUUUCCAAUGGUUUAAGAGCUGUAGAUAAGGGCAUUGCUGAAGAUAGUGAAUUUAGUCAAAAGCGGGAGAGAUUUGAUCCGGUUAGGCAUAGCGAGGAUGGCAUGAUUGGUAAAAGUUAUUUGGAUGAGAGUGGUGGAAAGAGAAGUAAGUUGGAGGUGUAUGAAUUUGAUGAGUAUGAUGCAGAGAUUUCGAGAAGGAAACGGUUUAAUGAUGGGGUAGGUGAGUUUGGGGGGAGAAGGUUUUCAGGAGCGAUUCCUGUGCCACUAAGUGGCAUUAAGAGGGAAUUUGAAAGUGGUUCAAGAAGACAUGUAGUUGACAAGAGGAAGAAUUUGUACUUUGACAGGACAACUAGCUUGAACCGAGAUCAUACUGACAGGGGUAGGUUUGAGAUGAAUAGGGAUGGAGCUCAGCUACCCUUAUUGAGAGACAAGUUCACAGGUCAAUCAGAGGAAUCCAUUAGGCUACAGGGUAAAAAUGGUGUUUUGAAGGUCAUGGUGAAGAAGAAAAAGAAUGCAGGUGGGCCGCUGGAGAACUAUAAUUUUCGCAAAUCUGAAGAAAAUAGAAGGGCUCUGAGUGACAAUAUUGCAAAAAGUGCUAUUAUCCCUCCAUUUUACUCUGAACCAAAGCUUCUUGAGAAAUCAGUUUCAGUGGUUAGGACAGUGAAAAACCAUCCGAAUGUGCGAAAAUCAUUGCCUUCUUUGAACAGUAAGGGCUCCGACUGGGAUUCAGAGGAUAGUGAUACAUCAUUGAAACUAGGACCAAAGAGUGUGGAAGCCUCUAAACCUGUGAAGAGGGUGGUUUGCAAAGAUGAAGGUGCUCCUUCAUGUGAAAAGACUCCUCCAUCCAGAAUCAAAGAAGGUAAAGUUAAACGUGGUAGUGGCACGGAAAAGCAAAAACUACGUGAACGAAUACGAGAGAUGCUUCUGAGUGCAGGCUGGACAAUAGAUUAUAGGCCUAGAAGGAACAGAGACUAUCUAGAUGCUGUGUACAUUAACCCAGCAGGUACAGCUUACUGGUCCAUCAUUAAGGCUUAUGAUGCGCUUCAAAAGCAAUUGAAUGAGGAGGAAAAUGAGGCUAAACCUAGUGGGGUUCAACCUAUAACUGAUGAUGUACUCAGCCAAUUAACAAGGAAAACUCGAAAGAAGAUUGAGAAAGAAAUGAAAAGGAAGCAAAGAGCUGAUGCUGAGGGUGAAAAUGCGAGAGGAGUCCGUAUGAAAAGAUCCGCAAGUAUCAAGCGUGAUCCAGAGAGCAUGGAUAGUGUUAGUUAUGAGGAGAAACUAAGCACCUACUUGAAGCAGGGUGGUAAGUCGUUCAAGGGUAAAAUGAGUGAAAAUGGUUUGGCCAAUGUGAACUCAAAUCAUCCACACGAAAGUAUUGAAAAACCGUCUUCAGGAUCAAGUUCGCAUAUGCCACAUGAAAGGAAAAGUAGAAAGCUUGGAAGGUGUACUUUGUUGGUUCGUGGUUCUAAUUAUGGGGUCAACUCGGAAAGUGAUGGCUUUGUUCCAUAUACUGGGAAACGGACGUUGCUUUCCUGGCUGAUUGACUCAGGAACUGUUCAAUUGAGCCAAAAGGUGCAGUAUAUGAAUCGCCGAAGGACUAAAGUAAUGCUGGAGGGGUGGAUUACAAGAGAUGGAAUUCACUGCGGUUGCUGUAGUAAAAUCCUCACAACUUCAAAAUUUGAGAUUCAUGCAGGAAGCAAGUUGCGCCAGCCAUUUCAAAAUAUAUGUUUGGACUCUGGCGUUUCCCUUCUGCAGUGUCAAUUAGAUGCAUGGAAUCGACAAAAAGCUACUGAACGCAUUGGCUUCCACUCCGUAGAAGUCGACGGUGACGAUCCAGAUGAUGAUACUUGUGGCAUCUGUGGGGAUGGCGGGGAUUUGAUCUGUUGCGAUAGCUGUCCAUCAACAUUUCAUCAGAGCUGCUUGAAUAUACGGAUGCUUCCUCCAGGUGAUUGGCACUGUCCAAAUUGUACAUGCAAAUUUUGUGGGUUAGCAAAUGAGAAUGUUGUUGAAGAGGAUGAUACAACUGUUGAUGCACUGCUCACUUGCAGCCUCUGUGGGAAAAAAUGUCACAUAUCAUGCUGUCAGGAGAUGGAUGGUAGUCCUGCUGAUUCUCCUAGUUUAGACUCUUCAUUCUGUGGGCAGAAAUGCAGAGAGCUCUUUGAGAAUUUGAAGAAGUAUCUUGGGGUCAAACAUGAACUAGAAGCAGGAUUUUCAUGGACACUUGUUCAUAGAACUGAUGAAGAUGAAGGGUUCCCGCAGAUGAUCGAAUGCAAUUCUAAGCUUGCUGUUGCUUUGACUGUUAUGGAUGAAUGCUUUUUGCCUAUUGUUGACAGGAGGAGCAGCAUCAAUUUAAUUCAUAAUGUUCUUUAUAAUUGUGGAUCAAACUUCAAUCGGCUGAACUACAGUGGCUUCUACACUGCUAUUUUAGAGAGAGGUGAUGAAAUAAUUUCUGCUGCAUCAAUCAGGUUUCAUGGUACAAAGUUAGCAGAGAUGCCAUACAUAGGAACUCGCCACAUAUAUAGGCGACAAGGGAUGUGCCGUCGGCUUUUUUGUGCCAUUGAAUCGGCUCUAUGCUCUCUCAAGGUUGAGAAAUUGGUUAUCCCUGCAAUUGCUGAACUCAUGCAUACAUGGACAGAAGUUUUUGGUUUUAUUCCUGUUGAGGAAUCAUUCAAGCAAGAAAUGAGGUCAAUGAAUAUGCUAGUAUUCCCUGGUAUAGACAUGCUACAGAAGUUGCUUGUGGAUCAAGGAAAUGAGGGGAACAUGACAACAGACCCAGGCGUAAAGCAAUUAGAAUGCAAAGGCAAAGAUUUAAUAAAGCAUGGGAACGGAAGCAAAUCAGAUAGUGGUUCACCUGCUAGUAUUGAUCCUCGUGGAUCUGAUGAAACCAGUUUGCCUCACAUUAAUGAAACAUUUGAUGAAGGUACUGCUAUGGUUUCUGGUUCUCGAUGUCUCGGUGUCUCCUUAAAUGAUACUCCUGUGAUGAGUGGUUCUUUAGAUGGUUCUGAUGAACUUAAAAGUUUAGAUUCCACUGAGAGGAGUGUAUCUUCUGACUCUCUUUUUGGGGCCGAAUUACCUGGAUCUACUUUGGACAAGGAAUGCCCUGUUAAUACAACCCACGAGACAGCAACAGGAGAUACGCCAGUGCUGGAUUCUCCUGUUGACGAUAAAACUCAGUCUACCUCUCAGUGCCCUGGUGAGGCUCCGGCACUAGAAGAUGAGCCAGCGCUGGAUUCUCCUGUCGAAGAUAAAAUGCAGUCUACCUCUCAGGGUCCUGGUGAGGCUCCAGCAAUAGAAGACAAACCAGUGCUGGAUGAUUCCCAUGAAGAGAAUGCUGAUGCUUCCUGUCUUCAGCCUAUUCCUUCUUCAGGAGAAACUUUUGCCAAGAACCCUGCGGAGGAAGUUAAUGGAAAUCAAGAUUCCAGUUUCGGUGGUGCUAAUGAGAGUUCCUUGCCCAAUAAUUGUGAUUUGAAUAUUCAACUUGAUAGUGAGGUUAAAAACAAAUCGUAUGUGGCUUCAGAAGUCGCAUCUGAUGCAAGGCGGUGUGAAAAGAGCAUUCCUCAAGCAUAUAGUGAUGGUUCCAAGGCUGAUUCGGGGAACUCUGAAUCUGGUUCUGUUUGAUAUAUCUAAGAAAUCUUUGCUGAGUCCUGUAUGCCUAUCCACAAAUAUCUCUCAAUGCGGGAAUCUCUCAUGUGUUCAUAAUUUGGCAGGGCAUUGGAGGUAAAGGCGAUGCCCUGACUUGGAUUGUGUGAAUAAGCAGAAUUGAUUACAACUACAAGGAAUUUGAUAGCCCUUUGCCUUGUUUUAGUAUGGUUUUAAGGUUCUAGUUCAACUUUUAAGUGGACUUCAAGAUUAUUUUUUAUCCUUGGAAGUUUCAAGAUGUGCGUUGUUGCAUCUAGGACGGUAUCAUGUACAAUUAAGUCAGUUGAAGGUGCUGCUGUCCCCACCUUGAAUGUCCUGUAAUAUACUGAUGCUGCUUCAUUGUGUGUGCCUCUGGAUCUGCUUGAUGUGAGAGGUUUGGGCUUUCUCUGAUGUCAGCUUAUGAUGUGGCGUAGGUGGUUUCAGAAGAUUACUCAGCAGAUUCUGUCAUGUCAGUUUAACCUUUGUUCCUAGUACCAGUGCAGCAUUGACAACACACCUCAGCCGCUGUUAUGAUUGCCAGUUGUUUGGAAGCACCGACCUUCUGUAUUGUCAGCUUCUUAGCCGAGAUGAGCUUCUCAUUCAAAAUUUGAUUGAAGAGGAGAAAGGUGAUCUGCUAUCGAAAGGAGUUGUUCCCGUGCAUUUCCAUGAAAUGUCUGAAGAACUCAUCGGAUCUGUAGAUUUAUUGGAAGAAAAAAUUUCAUUGCGUAGGAUGAUACAAGCACUCUUUUCUGUGAAUAUGGUUGUUUCUAUUUCUUUAAACUGUUCCAAGUUUUGUUUAUUUAGUUUCUCUUGUAUUAGUCAAGGCGGUUUUAAUGUUUGUUGUCAAACUGGGUCUACAUUGUACCUCAAACUACCUGCUUUGUUAGGCAUGUUGUGGAAUAUUAUAUGAGCUCUCUUUAUUACUUC